AUGGAGCUGUCUGUGGAGGUUUACCGCAUGCGGUAUGACGCUUACGAGAUGCGACCACAUCUUCAGCUGGACAGAGGAGUGAGACUGCAGAUCAACGAGAGGACCAGACCCCAUGGCUGUCAGGAUGGAACUAGGUACUCUGUCGAGGAGACAAACCAAUUUCAUGGGCAGGCCCAAGAAGAUGAACGCAUGGGUACAUUUUCUCUUCCAAGGCAAAUAACAGUAAGCAGGUUAGUACACUAACGGCGCAAACAGCGUCCGAACAAUCUGAUUCUGUUACUCCAAAUAAGCAGUGGUAUAUGGCAAGGAGCACUCCUACAAACUAGGUACCAUGUAUAAUCUAAUAAAGUGAACUACAGAGAGGGGAGAGUCGGUCCGUUUAUCGACCGUCACGUCAUGAUUAACGGGCCCGGAAAGUUGUUGUUGUUUACAUUUAAGAAAGAGACUGGUUUCCUUUGUUAGCCAGGAACCACGCUCUUGUUCUUUAGAUUUUCAUUUGAGUAUAUGAGUUUUAACCUCGUCCCAGGGCUUUUACCCCUUCAAAGGGAAAAGCCGUUAGGAGGAUUGGGGAUGAGGUUGUUUGAAUUCGGGGCUUUUGAGAAACGAGCCCCAGGUCGCUCGAGGCCUCUCAUAGCCACACCGUAACGCAACUGAAACUAAGGCUAUACGUACGUUGUUCAGUGAAAACAAUAUGGUGGAAUUGCCGAGUUACUGACUUAUCGGCCACCAAAUAGGGGUGAUCCAAAUCGCUGAAUGGUCAGAUUACGAUUCAGCCUAGCUACUGGAAAAAUCUUGUUUUUCUCAAACUGAGUUGCUUCUAUAACUUCGAUGAUCCACUCAGUUACUUCUAGUUAUCCUUCGAGUUGUAUUAUAGAUGUUUUUUAUAUAUUCAUUAUUUUAUCUUCAUCUUCCAUGGGUUUACAACAAACCACUGAACCAAAUCAGACCAGCCCCCUUGGCUAAUUUGUAAGCUCAAUUCAGGGUUAGACUGCGCGCGCUGCACCGGUCAUGGUAUUGCUGAGGUUCAAGGUUUCGAGGUCUUACAGGCCUGAAUUUUACGACUGCGUUGUAAAGGUUCCUUCUUACUGCUGUGAUGUUCUGCAUUUAAUUUUUUAUUGACUUUAUCCUGCAGUUCUAUAUGUUCAUAUAUACAUUGUUUGUUAAUCACCGUUUCAAAUCCUUUUUGACAGAUUUAAAAGACGUUCAGUCUAACCAAUUUCAACAGUUUUCAAAAAAUAACUGACGUAAUGAUAAGGCUGUUUUUAUUUCCAUAGGUCAAGUCCCCCAGAGCCGAUGUCGUCUUUAGGUCAGAACUGUGGUGGAAAGUAUAUUUGGAAGAUAGUAGGUUUCUCUCAUCACCUCCAGGAUGCUAGAGAUGGAAAAAUAACAUCACUCGAGAGCCCUCCGAUUUACUCAAGCCAACAAGAGUACAAGUUCUCCAUGCAUUUCUUCCCGAAAGGCAUUAACGGUGGGGACGGACGUCACAUUGGCCUUUUUGUUGGCAUGAUGCAGGGAGAAUACGAUACUAUUCUGGAGUGGCCCUUUUCUGGACGAAUCGUUCUCACCAUCAAGGAUCAAAGCACUGAUGCUAAUGGCUUCCGCCAUGAUAUCAGUGACACUUUCGUGGCGAAUAGAAAUCUGGGUGCUUUUCAGGAACCCACUGCUGCCGGGCGAUACAGCACCCUGUAUGGCUACGCAGAGUUUGCGCCCACAGCCCUGGUUUGCUCCCCACAGUACUUAAAAUAUGAUACAGUGAUGAUUAAGAUCGAGAUUCAUAAAAACAUCUAA